AUUAAUGAGUAAAUGACCCUGCGUGACCAGACGCGAUGACGCAGCGCGACAACUGCGAGUCCCCAUUGCUGCAGCCGCUUGUCAGUGUGACGAAGAUUGGCACUCAGGUCCGCCAACUCUCCACAUCCUUAUAAUGCUUCAGUGUUUGUGGCGUCUGCAGUGAAUAUGAUGGCGGCCCAAUCAGUUUCCAUGGACAAGUACACAAAGAGAGAGCAGCAGGGUGUGGCGCAGAAGGAGAGUGAUGCUGAUCAUGAUCAGAAGUUCAGUGAGGAGAGGUUGGCUGCAGCCUCCAGCCCUGCCCCCACUGAACCCCAGACACCCUUUGAUGUAGAUAAGGCCUCCAUAUACCGGCAUCCCUUGUUUCCUCUCCUGGCCCUGCUCUUUGAGAAAUGUGAGCAGUCGACACAGGGCUCAGACUGCAUCACGUCAGCCAGCUUUGACGUGGAUAUCGAGAACUUUGUCUGCAGCCAGGAGAAAGAGGGCAAAGCAUUCUUCAGCGAGGAUCCUGACCUCGACAAUCUGAUGGUGAAGGCCAUCCAGGUGCUGCGGAUCCACCUGCUCGAGCUGGAGAAGGUGAGUGACCUUUGUAAAGACUUCUGCAGCCGCUACAUCGCCUGCCUCAAGACCAAGAUGAACAGCGAGACCAUGCUGAGUGGAGAGCUUGGCAGCCCCUACUCACCUGGACAGGGCUACUCUCCCACCAAGACCCAGACCUCCAGCUCUUUCAAAGGAACCCUCAGUCCCCAGGGGAUUGUGGUGGCAGCGUCAGCCCUGCGGCAAGGCAACGUAACAGUCAACCCCAUACAGGUUAUGGCAGGUGGCGCAGUGUACCAGCCUGUCACAGUAGUCAACUCACAGGGUCAGUUGAUGUCACAGACGCUCUCUCCCCAGACUAUACACAUUCAGAACACACAGCUUCAGCUGCAGCUCAACCAGGACCUGAGCUUCUUCGGCCACAACGACAGCUCGUCCAAGAACAAGCGUGGCGUCCUUCCCAAACAAGCGACCAACGUCAUGCGCUCCUGGCUCUUCCAGCACAUCGGGCACCCAUACCCCACAGAGGAUGAGAAGAAGCAGAUCGCUACCCAAACUAACCUGAGCCUCCUCCAGGUCAACAACUGGUUCAUCAAUGCACGGAGGCGGAUCCUGCAGCCCAUGCUUGACGCCAGCUCUUCGGAGACGGCCAAAACCAAGAAACCGCUUCCGAACCGGCCGCUACAGCGUUUCUGGCCUGACUCCAUCGCCACGGGGAUGACCCAACAACAGGUCCAGAUGGCAGACGGCACCAUGGUGACAAUGAGUGUGGAGCGUCUCCAGAGCCUGACUUCAGACGGCGCCACGCUGGCCGUGCAGCAAGUGAUAAUCGGCGGGCACAGCGAGGACGAAUCAGGAGACAGCAGGGACGAUGAUGAGAUGACUGGGCUGGGCCUGGACAACAGUGACUCCCUGCAGUAGGACACACACAGGCGUACUGUAUACAAUCACCACAGGAGGCUGCUGAGGGGAGGACUGCUCAAUAAUGGCUGGAAUGGAGAAAAUGGAUUGGUAUCAAACACCUGCAAACCAGGCUAAUUUAAUUGAUACAAUUCCACUGAUUCCGCUCCAGUCAUUACCAGAAGCCCAUUCACCCCAAUUAAGGUGCCACCAACUUCCUGUGACUCACACACACUCAAAAACAAACGUUGUAUGCUGCGUUGAAAAUAUGGUAAUUCAGGCCUUCCACAACAAACAUACAUGAUGUAUGCAGACUGAUAUUGAAUGAUGUAGGCUGCUAAUGAAGUGUGCACACACACACUAGCACAAAAUCAGAUCAAUGUUAUGCAAAAAAUAAUAAUAAUGGCGGCUCAGAUCAUGUAUGUACUGUAGAUAGACUGAUAUUGCAUUGCACACACACUCAGUUUACACAGCACAACCACAAGAUAUACGGGAGCACUCCUGAUGUCCAUUUAUUGAACGGAGUGCGCUGUGUGUGAGAAGUUUCAUUUCAGAAACUGUUUUUCACUACGUAGUCUGUAGGAGAGUGCACUUUUUUUGUAUAAUAUAAUUCUACGCUCCAAAAGACAAAAAGAACGGACGCAGCUAAAACAAAUCAUGAAGUGUUGAAAAAAAUUACGUUUGUACGCUCCGUUAAUAAAUGUUGAAUGAUUCUUAUUUUUCCAUUUAAUCUGCUAUUGGCUGCCAAGUUUCAAGUAAUCGUUUGUUUUUUUCACCUUGCAUGCCUGUGACUUUUACCCACUCUGAUCAUGACUGACUCUCAGGCUUACAGACUGGCCCUAUAGAGCCAUUUUCUGUUUACCAUGAAACUUCGUUUAACAUUAGAAAGCGCUGUAGCGGGAUAGCUAACGCUGAUGUCGGGACCUUAACACAUUUAAACAGUGAGUUUGUGAUGACCAUGAAAACACUCAAGACUGAUGGCUAUAGACAACCAAUUGUUAACUUGCACAAGCUGCAUUUUAAGUUGGAUGUGAUCGUAUCCACUGUAUGGCAAACAAGGUAUCUGACGAGUAAUUUCGUGCCCAACUUUUCAUGACACGCCGGGGAAAUGGGUCUCUAGAGAGCAAUAGCAUCGUUUUGUAGGCACUAAUGGGAGGUUAACUCCGCCAUGGCUCGUUGGCCAACGCCUAUGGGGGAAAUUGUUGUUAAAUGCAGAAAAUAAGGUGUGGUAAACAGGCUUAAGAGAUCUUAAACAUUUUGUUCUUUGAGAUAUCAGCUAACAUCACUGUUGUUUUUUUAUGGCAUUUAUGUAAUCAAAACAAGUGGGAUGUCAUACGUUUUUUUUUUAUGUACACCUUUGGUCAAAUGCCUUUGAUGUAAAAAUAUAACAGGCUUACACGGAACCUAAACCGGCUGUGCGCGUGCACCAUCAUGCAUAAAUGUAUUGUCCCCCCACACCAAACGCGAGCACGACGCGCAGCUUAAAAUAUCAAGACAAACUCUUAACCAAUUAUAUUAAUUUGGGGACAGGUUCAAAAAGCAUUAAACAUUUAUGGAAAUUUAGCUAGCUUGCUGUUGCUAGCUAAUUUGUCCUGGGAUAUAAACAAAGUUGUUAUUUUACCUGAAAUGCACAAGGUCCUCUACUCCGCCAAUUAAUCCACACAAACGGUCAACCGAAUUGUUUCUAGUCAUCUCUCUUCCUUCCAGUCUUUUUCUUCUCAUGACUUUAUAUUGCGAUUGGCAACUGUCAUAAAUUAGGUGCAUUACUGCCACUGACCUCGUUCGUCUGUCGGUCACCCACGUGGGUAUAACCAAUGAGAUGGGAGAGGCAGAACUUGCAGCGCGAUCUGCAUCACAAAUUGGAAUGACUUCUAUUUUAGCCGAUGGCAACGCAGACGCUCUUUGGCGCGCGCGAGUAGCGUGGGUGCAAUAAUUGAAUAACAGAUUUCAAAACGUAUUUUACGACGCGAGCGGGGUGUUCAGCCUUUUAGUUUACCUUAUCAGCUGGGCCAAAGUAGUCUCUGGACAACAUUGUUCAGGGAAACUAAAAAAGCACAUUCUCGCUGAAGAUAUAUAUUGUUUUGGUCCAGGCUGCAACAUAACGUUACCAUCCAAGCCGGUAAAGCAGAAGGUGUGACGAAGAAUUGGUCUAUUACUGUAGUUCCAUUUCUCUGACAGUUGGCUACUCGUUAGCAACUGACAUUUUAAGCACGAAGACUAAAUAAUUCAUAAAGGUAAUGUUAACAGACUGAUAUUAUCUCAUAGAACAAAAUGUAUAAGACCUCCUGAGCCUGUGUUAACCUCAGACCUCAUUUUCAGCAUUUAUCCCAAAACCACAUUAUUUCCUCCCAUAGGAAUGCCUAACAAACCAGAGGUAGAAAAUGCUAACUCCUUUCCAUUUUUUAAGACUACAAGCUGCCAAGCUAUAUAGGCCCAACAGAGCCCGUGAGAAAAAAAGGGAGAUGCUUAUUUUUAUAUACGAACAUAAGUAUAUGUUUUUGUGGUUUGUGUUCUCUUGUUUUGUAUGGAAUGUUUGUACAAAAUGGCUCGUUAUUUAAGCUAGUUGCCCUAUUUACCAGGGUCCGAUUAAGUUUUCUAAAUAUUUAAGACGAAUGAGAAACAAAAUGUCUAUUGGUUUUAAACGCCAGAUCUGAAAAAGGCCUUGUGUAGGCCUUUUUUUUUUUUAAAGACCUAACUCUAGCACAGAAAGCUUAACUAGAUGAAGCUAUAUACCUAUAGUGAAAUUAGUCAAAAGGAAGCUAAAAUGCAGGACACUGACUUGGCUAAGGCAUAGUAAUGUUACAUUGUCAAUCACAGUUCUUUGAAAUUCAAAUAUACUGAUAUGUACUUGAUCAGUUAAUUUAUUGCAGUACUCUAAUUUUCUACAAACAAGUCCAGUUUUGCUGCAGUGUUAUGUUUUGUAAUCAUUUAUAAUAGUAGCAUAGAUGUCACUUUCAAGUGCACAAUCCAGUACACUAUGCUUAUAACACAAUCACAUGGAACUGAAAUCGAUAUUAUGGUGCUUAGGCAGACAGAUGCAGUACAAACAAACAAAAAAUGAUAUUUUGCAUGUGUUAAGAGUGCAGUUGGGAUCCUCAGACCUUACAGAUGGCACAUUGGUCCUCUGGGGAAUGAAAGACUAGUGCUGUGGCUGACCAAGGGCCAGCUUUAAGGAAUGUUUUCCCAAACGCUCCAUCUUAUUUUUCAUAUUAUUGCACAAGUUAUGAAAACCUGCACCGAUGUAUCAUUCAAACCUGAGCCUGAGAUCCCCAGUUUCAGGCUCGGGGGUCCGAUGGGUCUCAGCUGCUCUCUCACAUGUCGCUUUUUAUCUACUGUUUACUUCUGUCUGUUUGCCUAAAAGCUUUCUAUUUUGGAAUAAACAAUGCCUAAACUCAA